ACCGAAUCAUCAGAUACAGAAGAAAGUGAGAAACCACUCAACUGCUCUCAUCUAAAGUAACAGACAACUCUUUCUGAGAUAAAUAUCAGUUAUUACAAAACAAACCACAUUCCCCACUUUUUCUCUCGUAUUUUCCCUUCAUCUACUGCUUAAUUUCACCAAUUGAUCAAUCUCCAAUUGAGUCUCAGAUCCUCCAAAAACAUGUUUGUGAAGAAGCUCGUGGAGAAAGCUUCCAUAAAGAAGCCAAGUGGAAAUUCAUCAGGUGGGUUAAAAGCUAGUGAUGUUGAUCCACGGUUGGUAUUUCAUCAUGGGGUACCAUCAGGUGGUGCCAAGUUCGCCUAUGAUUCCAUUCAGAAGAUACUGGGUCUUUCUACAAAGGAUGGCCGGAUUAAACUAUAUGGAAAAGAUAAUGCUCAAACCCUGCUUGAAUCUAGUGAGGCCCUACCUAGCAAGUUUCUACAGUUCAUCCAGAACCAAGGUGUCCUUAUAAAUGUCACUUCCAAUAACCAUAUUGAGGUUUGGGACAUAGACAAGAAACUGUUGUCUGACAGGUACUUUGAUAAGGAAGAAAUCACUUGCUUUUCAGUCAUUCAACAUAGCCUCUACAUGUACCUUGGACAUUCUAAUGGUAAUAUUUCAGUUUUGAAGCUUGAUCAAGAACCAUGGCACUUGGUUCAGAUGAAAUACACGAUACCCCUCUCAGCUUCCUAUGGUAAUACUGAAGUGUCUGAUGAUACAGUUGUAACACAUAUAUUGCCUCAACCAGCUGCUGAAUUCAAGAGGGUUCUCUUAAUCUUUAGAAAUGGCCAAAUAAUACUAUGGGAUAUUCUGGAAAGCAAAUCUAUUUUCAGAACCGGUGGAAAUAUGUCACAACCACUGUAUAAUGAAAUGAAGAAAAUAACUUCUGCAUGUUGGGCAUGUCCUUUUGGAAGUAAAGUGGUUGUAGGGUACAACAAUGGAGAGAUCUUUAUUUGGAGCAUCCCUUCUCAGAAUAUAGGAAAUUGUUCAACACCAGAAAAUAGUAAUCAAAACACUCCUUUGCUCAAACUUAACUUAGGAUACAAGUCAGACAAAAUUUCCAUUGGAUCACUAAAAUGGGUUUAUGAUGGAGGAAAGGCUAGUAGACUAUAUGUUAUGGGAGCUUCCGACUAUGCAACUUCAAACUUGUUGCAGGUAGUGUUGUUGAAUGAGCAUACAGAAUCUCGCACAAUUAAGCUUGGACUUCAAUUGUCUGAAUGUUGUAUUGACAUGGAGAUCUUAUCAACUUCAACUGAGCAAAGCAAGUACAAACAAGAUUCUUUCUUGUUGCUUGGGAAGUCAGGCCAUCUAUAUCUAUAUGAUGAUAGUUUGAUUGAAAGGUAUCUGCUACAAUGCCAAUCUAAGUCCGCACCUUCACUUCCAAAGGAAGUAAUUGUGAAGUUACCGCUGGCAGAUUCUAGAAUCACAACAGCAAAAUUCAUCUCCAACAAUCCCAAUGUAUUCAAUUCUGAUGAUGAGUAUUACAGACAGCUGGUCAAAAACUAUCCACUUUUUGUUCCUGUUGAACUGAAUCAAAAAGAUGGGAUAAGCCUGAGUUCUGCCAAAUUUUAUGGAUUUUCAAAAGUUCAAAACUUGUACAUAACUGGACACAGCAAUGGAGCCAUAACCUUCUGGGAUGCUACAUGCCCCUUUUUCACUCCUAUUUUGCAAUUAAAGCAACAGAGUGAAAAUGACUUUUCACUAAGUGGUAUACCCUUGUCAGCGUUAUACUUUGAUAGCAACACCCCUCUUCUUGUUUCUGGUGACCAGAGUGGAAUGGUUCGCAUCUUUAGAUUCAAACCUGAACCAUAUGCCACUAACAGCUUCAUUUCUUUUACUGGGGGUACAAAGAAAGGGACUGAUCAUAUAAUCCAAAGUAUGAAACUUGUAAAGAUAAAUGGUGCCAUACUUUCUAUAAACAUAGAUUCCAGCUCAAUGCAUCUUGCUGUUGGUUCUGAUCAAGGACAUGUUUCAGUUUAUAACUUGGAUGGCCCAACUUUAUUAUAUCAGAAACAUAUUGCAAGUGAAUUUUCUGCUGGUAUCAUCUCCCUGCAGUUCCUGACCUGUGGCUUGCAUGGUUUUGAGAAAAACAUCUUACUGAUUGGAACGAAAGAUUCAUCUGUUCUGGCACUUGAUAAAGAAACUGGUAACACAAUGGGCACGGGAACUGUUCAUCCUAAGAAGCCCUCUAAAGCUCUAUAUAUGCAUGUGUUGGAUGGACAAGGUGGACCAGUCACUGGAUCAAUCAUGAAAGAUGGGUUAGACUUGAGUGAAGGGAAUCCUAUUGACAAUGCAACAACAAAGCAAGAAUGCAUUCUGAUUUGUUCUGAGAAAGCUGUAUAUGUCUAUUCAUUGGUGCAUGCUAUUCAGGCUGUUAAAAAGGUGCUUUACAAGAAAAAGUUUCAUUCCGCUUCCUGUUGCUGGGCAUCAACAUUUUACAGCCCUUCUGAUAUUGGCCUUGUACUCCUUUUCACUAGUGGAAAAGUAGAAUUAAGGUCAUUGCCAGAGUUAUCCCUGAUUAUGGAGACUUCAAUUAGAGGUUUCACUUAUUCUCGUCCAAAAUCAAAAUCAUUUUCUGACUGCCAGAUAUGUUGUUCAUCCAAAGGAGACCUUGUUUUGGUGAAUGCUGACCAAGAAAUUUUUGUUCUCUCAUUGUUGGUCCAAAGGAGUAUUUUCAGGCUUUUGGACUCUGUUAGCUGCAUCUACAAUAAAGAGAUGAUGCUGUCACAAGAAGAGCUUGUCCCUGGUCCAGUUAUCCAUAAGGAAAAGAAAAAGGGCAUAUUCAGCUCUGUUAUCAAAGAUUUUACUGGCAGCAAAGAAAAGCAUGUGCCCAUCAUGGAAACAGAAGAUUCUAAAGAAAGAAUCCAGGAACUCUCAUUGAUCUUUACUUAUGAAAAUUUUCCAUGUGAUACUGAUAGUAACAGUAAUCUGACUGUGGAUGAAGAUGAGGUUGAAUUAAACAUAGAUGACAUUCACCUAGACGAUCAUGAAGAAAAACGCAAAGAACAAAGUAUAUUGGGAGCUCUUAAUAAGAAGAAAUUGACUGGAAAAUUUCAGGCUCUAAAAGGAAGAUUGAAAGAGAUGAAGGGAAACAUGCAGAAAACAUCAAGUAAGGAAGAGCAACAAGAUGAGCAAGCUGGUGCGGUUGAUCAAAUUAAGAGGAAAUAUGGGUUUUCUUCUUCCUCCAAUGAAACAAGCGUUGCUAAAUUGGCAGAAAGCAAGCUGCAGGAGAACGUGAAAAAAUUGCAGGGUAUCAACCUCCGAACUACAGAUAUGCAAGAUAAAGCAAAAUCAUUUUCAUCAUUAGCAAACCAAGUGCUGCGGACUGCUGAACAGGAUAGGCGAAGUUAAUAAGCACUUUACUCAAUAAAUAUAACAACGGUUACAAAGUGUCUUGCCACUUCUCUGUACGAGAUGCAUCGUUUGUUUGUAUUUACGUUUGUUCUUUAUUUUAUAUCUAUUUUUGUUUUUACAUCGGAGUGUUGCAGUGUUUUAGUUUUGGAUUGACAUCGAAUGAUUGUACAUAAAGAACAGUUUCUUUCCUAUUUUU